UUUGUGAACAAACAGUUUCCAGCGCUUAAAAAUAACGAUUUUAAUCAAGUAGAUUUGGAACUGAAAUAAUGUUUAUUUAUACAUUUAUCGUGCUAAUAAUAACUUCUUUUGUUACCAUAUCUGUAGAGGACUUAGGGCUCGCGGAGGGACAACAGUCUUGCGUUUUACCAGACGACCAAGAAGACAAAUGCAGUACCAUUUGCUAUCCAACUAUAAAGCCCUUGUUAAAGCAUGUGGCAUCGUGCCAGGAAAAUAAGGAAGUAAUUUCCCAACUCCAAGACAUAAUUCGAGGACAGAAGAUUGACAUAAAUAGAUUAAAGCUUGAAUAUGAUAUUAUAAAAGAUCGAUUGGAGGAAUACAAAAAAUCUGCUGUACUGAAUAACCAACUGAACAAAGCGCUCGACAAUAAUCGAAAUAUUGUGAGAAACUUAAAUGCUAAAUUAAAUAUGUUGAUUAGGCUCAAUACGACAGACGAUUCCAUCAGGCAACUAAAUGAAGAGAAUUUACUACUAAGACAGAGAAAUCGUGAACUCGAAGAGAUGGCAAAUGAAAAGGAAACCCAAAUGCAGGACAUUCCCAGCAGCUGUUUGGGUUUUGAGGAACAAGGUAUAAGGCAAAUCAAGGUGCCUGGCGAACCCAUAGAAUUUAAUGUGUUGUGCGAUUCAAAAAUUGCGGGACCCGGUUGGACAGUCUUUUUGCGCAAUCUGGGUGAUGAGAAUUUCAACCGUAACUGGACGGAAUAUGAGUAUGGAUUUGGUGACUUGAAAUCCACCUUUUUUAGAGGACUAGCAGUUCUGCAUGUAUUGACUCAAUCGCAGCCCCAUGAAUUGUACAUGGUGGUUUAUUCCAAAGACGGUUCCGAGUUUUCAAAUUAUUUUGAUAAUAUUCUCGUCGGCGGCGAGUCUGAAGGCUAUAGGCUCAAAUCGAUUGGCAACCCCAAGACCGACAACUUUAUCUUUAUUAAAAAUCAAGUUAACGCUAUGUUUUCGACUUACGAUCGGAACAAUGCCAAAACUGAAAUUAAUUAUGCUGCACAGAAACAAAGCGGAUGGUGGUACUCGACAGGCAGUCAAUUAAGCCUAACAGGUUGGGAUCCGAAUGCUAAACAAAUUCUGAUGCUAAUUCGGCCAAAAAUGUAAUAUUUUCUGGAACUGACAUUGUAUGUUAAAUUAAACAAAGACUGAGAACCAU